AUGAGUUUAGUUACGGUCGAAUAUGAACCGGUUGGAUGUCAGGCUCGUUAUGAGAACACGCUCCACAGAUGGGCCGAUAAGAUGCGCCUAACUCGUUUUCCAUUGUUACGUGCGUGUAUCGGUGAAUUCUUCGGUACAAUGGUUAUGAUCAUAUUCGGAGUGGGUGUUGUGGCCCAGGGAAACUUCACUGAAAAUCACUCGUUUUUCUCCAUCUCUUUUGGAUGGGGCACAGCGGUCAUAUUUGGCUUAUUCAUUUCCGGAAAUAUGGGCUACGGCCUGAUGAAUCCAGCCAUGUCACUGGCUUUUGCCAUUGUCGGUAAAGUACCGUGGAUCCCAAUUUUUCCAUUGAUGCUGUGUCAAGUAUUCGGGGCCUAUAUCGGAGCGCUUGUAGUCUACGGAAUCUAUGAGCAAAACAUUAAAGUCCUAUACAAUGGGGUACUGAAUAUGGAAUCGGGAGUUAUUUUUGUCACCGGUCCAACUGUGGGUAACUGGCCAGCCCUGAUGGAUCAAAUAAUCGGCACAGCCAUUUUGGCCGCUCUGUGUCUUGCGUUCGGCGAUCAAAACAAUUUCAAAGUUCCGGCCUUUUUAUCACCUAUCUAUGUCGGUUUCUUGGUCCUUUCUUUGGUCGGUGCUCUGGGAGUAAACGCCGGAGCAGCUCUGAAUCCCGCCCGUGAUUUCGGACCACGAUUGGCCUUAGUCACUGUUGGUUAUGGAAAAGAAGCGUUCACUCACGAGAACUACUAUUUCUGGAUACCUAUCGUCGGACCAUUCCUCGGUGCAAUUAUUGGAGCUAUCAUGUACGAGCUGACAAUCGGGAUUCAUCUUCGAGGAGUUGCUGAAGAACAACGCUUGGAUGCAGAGAAAUAUGAUUACGAUGACGAGUAG